GAGGGAAAGGCUGACAGAUGAGUACAAUCAGACACAGAAGGGAGGGAGUGGCGCAGAAAGGCGGGAGCAGCUCGCGUGAGUCUUUGGAAGGAGAAAUCAGAAAUCCAAGAAAAUCAGCUGAAGGGAGAGAUCCCUCCCUCUGAGUCAGAUCUGAAAGCAGAGAGAGGAAUCAACAGGGGCAAAGCCUCUUUUAGAUCCAGAGCGGUGGAGCCAGACCGGAAAACAACAGGCUGACACAAACCGUGAAACAAAUCGAGGAUUAUCACUCUGUAGGUUGUUUGACCAGGCUGGUUUCCACGGUGACAACAUGGGUGCAGUUGUUGGCACUUUGACCAUGCAAACCAAGCAGAGGAGACCGUCCAGAGAUAGAACAGAUGAUGAGCUGGAGAUGACGACGGUGUGUUACCGGCCGGAGGGUCUUUCCCAGUUGGAGGCGCAGACCAACUUCAGCAAACAGGAGCUGCAGAUCCUCUAUCGUGGCUUCAAGAAUGAGUGUCCAAGUGGGGUGGUCGAUGAGGAAACAUUCAAACACAUUUACGCACAGUUCUUCCCUCAUGGAGAUGCAAGCAUGUACGCACAUUAUCUCUUCAAUGCUUUCGACACUACAAACAAUGGCUCCAUUAAGUUCAAGGACUUUGUAAUGGGUUUGUCUAUACUGCUGCGGGGAACGCUGAGAGAAAAGCUUGAGUGGACGUUUCAUCUUUAUGACAUUAACAAAGACGGAUACAUAAACAGAGAGGAAAUGACGGAGAUUGUGAGGGCAAUUUAUGACAUGAUGGGGAAGUUCACCUACCCUGCAAUAAAGGGAGACGUCCCGCAGCAGCAUGUGGACGCCUUUUUCCGGAAAAUGGAUAAAAACAAAGAUGGAGUGGUGACUCUAGAGGAGUUUAUUAUAGCCUGCCAGGAGGAUGAAACCAUGAUGAGCUCCAUGCAGUUGUUUGAGAACGUGAUGUAGAACAAGGGGAGAUGAUGAAGACAAAAAUGAAAUGCGAAGUGUGUGUGUGUGUGUGUGUGUGUGUGUGUGUGUGUGUGUGUGUGUGUGUGUGUGUGUGUGUGUGUGUGUGUGUGUGUGUGUGUGUGCGCGCGCUCGCGCGGGGGUGGAUGCAUCCAGUUUCUCCUCCUCCUCCUCCUCUGGUCAGACCUCCCCCCACAACAACUUGAAAGAAAGGACUGGACUGGAAUGCUGUUCGCCUUCCUGCUGAGUGUCCCCACACAAUACAAAGAGACUGAUGCGACAGACAUUGCUCUCAGUGCUUGUCUUGAAGAUUGUCAUGUUACCUGAUAAAGAUGGUCCUGCAUUACAAGGCUGCUCCCGAUCAGCAAAGAGCUUUUGUUUAACCAGCACAACUUUGUUUGCCAAAAAAGAGGAUAUUUUUUUGCCAAAAAUAUUAUUGCAUGCUUUUGCAAGAGGUUUAGAUUUUUCACCCAACAAUUGUCCGAUUUAUUACGGGAAUUUGGCCAUAAAGACUUCCACAUGUAUCGAAUGCAUCGCUGUGACUGCUGUUCCUUUGUGUCGACCUGGCUGCUGCUCGCCUGCUGAGUCUGUCUGAUGCUCGCUGUUAAGUCUCUCUAAAGUCAAUUUGGAAACAUUACAUUUCAUGGGUCUGAUAUGUUUUGUGCCUGUCUUCCUGUCCAUGAUGGACCUUAGGUAUUAGUGGAAAAAAAAGAAAAAUCGAAUCAUUCUUUUAUAUUUUCACCUGCUGCUUUGCUUACUGUGGUCAAAUCAGUGUUGUCAAAAAUGUUUUGAAAAAAAGUAUUGUGAAUGAUGUGCAUACAUUGGGUAUUUUCAUCAGAAAGAGGCUUUAUGAUCAUCAAACCAAUCGGUUUUAUUUGCACAGGUGACCGGUUCAACAUGAUGCAGUCAAUUAUGGUAAAGAAAGGUAUGAUUUUGCUGUUAGCUAUGUUAUUAUACAUGAAAUGAUAUACCUAUUAGCGAAAAAAUUCAUUUUAUGUGUACACAUACUCGGCCAAUAAAGCUGAGAUUUAAGUAUAUAGUCCAUUCUAAUAAAAUCCUGGUAUGAAACAAAUCUGAUAAUCUUGCAGGGAAAUAAUAUUGAAUGUCAGCUUUUUGGAAUGUGAUGUUCUGAUGACACCUACUGUAGGACAGCUCUAUUUACCCGAACCCCCCUGUUAUGCCACGCUGACGGAUACAGACAGACUUCAGGUGUCAGUGAGCUGUUCUCUGUACGGUGCAUCAGUGUGACAUCGAAGCCUCUGGUGUCUGAUAUCUCGGUGUGGAACGGUUAUUAAAUCUCACUAACAGAAACAUAUAUUUAAGCCAUAAAAAUAAACAGGUCAAUUCUUAAA